AUGCCAAGCUUGUUGUGCGUACAAGUAAAGCAGCAAAUGGAGACUAUUGAGGACAUUUCAACAAUGCUAGAAAAAACAUCAUCUGAACAAUUUACAGAAGGGGAAAUCUUGGAGUGGCUGGAAGAAAUUGAAGAACAUACUCUUCAAGACGAAUUUCAAGAUGACUAUUAUGAAAAUUCACUAAGUGACGAAGAAACAUAA